AUGGAUGAUGUCUUCGACCUCGUUAUGUCCCCCUUCUAUGACAUCAUCGCGCAAGGUCGGAUCGCUUUAGAAAAUGCUGGCGAUAAUACGCCUAUGCUGAAGGCUGCUCGGAGCCUCAUCACAGAGGGCGAGCGGGCUCUUGAGAGACUCGAUCCGCUGUGUCGCAUGCUCCUGGACAAGCACGAUCUCAAAUUCAUAGAUUUCCUCAAGGAGAAUGGCAAGUCGCGUCUCCAUAAUUCGCUAUGGCCUAUAGUUGCAAAUAUUUCAACCGAAUUGAACGACCUAUUGUGGGAGUUUGAUGACUAUAUAGAGCUUGACGAUUUUGAAGCCGAAAAGUUUGUGGAAUUGGAGAAUUCGGCUCGCAACGCUGCUCCCAAAAUCUACGAUAUCCUCGAAAACAUGAGGAUCGAGGUCGCCACCGACCAGAACAGUCGCCCACGCUUCUUUCCGACCCUUGUCCGACCUCGUAUAUCUUCAAUACCAAAAUCACGCCCAGAGUCGGUAAACUCGAACCAAAGCUCUGUUUUCGACCAUAUCCGAACCGACAGGAUGAAUGUAAUUUUCACAGGCCAGCCAGCUUCUACAAUUUCGACUGUAGACAGUAGUGAAACUUUUAGCACAGCUGAACUGCGUCCCCCUUGGAUAAAGGGUCCGUUGAUACACAACUAUCAGGACGUGAUCAAGCCAGAACAACCCACUGGGUCGCCCAAAGUUGAUAUCCUUCUUAUUCCUGUUGGGACGGAAGUCCCAACUCCCCAACAACCACCAAUUCCCUUCGCUGCUGACUGCAAACUCAGCUCUCAGAGUUCCUUUUAUAUGCAUGGGGGAUUUUGCAAUGGUGCAAAGGAGAUCAUCAAUGGGGGUGCUGGAUUUCGAAAAACCGUGAGAGCAGGCAUCGUUUCCAUGGCAGUGACUGCAAGAUGUAUUGAGUGUCACUUUGAACUUGACUUCAAGGAGGUUGAUUUGGACAUCAACAAAUCCGAGCGUGGUAAUUUCGUCCGCAAUGGGAUCGGCUACCGCCUCCGUUUCCUCCAGAAGAGUCAUCUGCCAUCACGACGCUCAGACGACAUUACGUACGGGUGUAUUUUCUGCGUUCAUCAAGGUCAAACCCUACAUGCAAGCGAUGCAACAGUAUUUUUCAGUCAAAAGGCGCUCUUUGCUCACUUAGCUCGGCAUCCUCGACCUCUACCGGCAAUUCAAGGACUAACAUCAAUCGAACAGGACGAAAUUCCAGAUCACCAUAAAAACAACUAUGACUUACAUUUCAAGUCGCCAUCUGAGAGUCACCCAGUAUUGGCGAAGUCUGAUGAUAUUUCCAGAAUGCCUGCUGGGGUAUCUAAAGAAGCUGCGAGAAGAUUAUAUGGCCAGCGGCUCUUGCAUGAUCAAACCCCAGCACUUGAGCUAGCGAAAGGUGCGAGGAUCGUCGGCCUCUCAUGGCCCGAAAAGUACUGCGGCGAAUGGUGUCUUGGUUGGCAUGACGGAGUGUAUGCGUCUUUGCCGAUGGACAUCAUAAGGCUAGACUUGCCACGAUUUGGUGAGAUUAAGAUGGGAGGGACGAGCCUACCCAUGGCCACCGCAAGGUGGAAAUUCAACACCAGGGAUAGACACUGGCUUAAGUUUGAGAAGGAUGAGGUUAUCACCAAUAUCAGCUGGCGAUGCAAAGAGUUUUGGUGCUGGUCAGGCACGAAUGCCAAUGGCAAAUCGGGCAUAUUUCCUCAGGUUUUCAUCGAUAUAGGCACGCUGAAGGACUCUGAUGGGUCUGGCUCUAGCCGGGAUGACCAGAAUGGAGCUCUGAAUAACGAGAAGAGCAUGAAUGCGUCCCUUUCCGGUCCAUCAAAAUUCUCGCUUCACCAAAAGACCCGAGCUGGAAUACCUGCAAACACCAUCUACUCAACCAGUAGCAGCGAACUGCCACCCCUUCUGAGUCCAAUCCCCAGUGCGUAUCCAAUCCCCAGUGCGUAUGCACGCGAUGGCCCGUCAACCUGGGGCAAGACUCAAGCAGAAGCCCUACCACUGACCCUUGAUCAACAAAUAGCAAAAGAUUAUGAAAUUAGAGUCCCUCCAGCAGCAAAAGGAUUAGAUCGUCCCCAGAAGCUAGGGCGAGCCACGGGCAUGUCCUCGAUUAAUGAAGAGCUUUUGUUAGACAUGAAACUUGACGAAGUACACCAGUUUGGGAGAUGUUGGACCUACAGCCCCGUUGACUCUGUCUCAACAGACAAGGUGCCCAUUGCAAUUGCAGAUGUCCCCGUUGUCAUCCCUGUUGAAAGCAGGUACCCGCUCAGAGCACCAGUCACUCCACCGCCCGAUCCUCAUCCAAAGUUUAUUGAUCCGACGAGGCAAAUAACAGACAACGUAAUAUCAGAGAUUUUCAAGGUCUAUGAGAAUGCCCUGGGCUUUUACCUUCUGAUCAACGGCCAGCUUCAGAUAAUCAUUCCGGAUGACUUUGACUACCAGUAUGCCCUUUCACACCAGCCCAGGGAAUUUGGUGGACUUGAGGUCAGUUAUAUCAUGGAGAGUAUGACUCCUACAGCGGGGAUUACUACUCAAGCCUCGGUGGAAGUGCCUCAAACCUUGACAAAUGCUUCAAUGUCAACACAGUCGGCUCUAGGUGUCAGCUCCACGGCUAAUCAACCAUCUGCGGCAAACAUUGACCCCAUGCUUAAGCUGACUAUUGGAAGCGCCAUACAGGCAUCGGUCAAAGGCAUCAAGCUGAAGGACCGUUACGAGGGUCGAAUCGGUCUCAUGACAAGAAUGGGAGACAGGACUUUCGUGACAAUACCUACACACGUCGCUACCUCUGCACUAACAGCAGCGAAGUCGGUUUCGUUCCCGGGAGAGUCGUGGAUUAGCGACGUACAGAUAGUUUCCAGUAAUGGUAACAAAGAGCUAGGACCCGUUUGUGAAACGUUCGACCCAGCUGCAGGCCACUUUCCCCUUGGCUUUCUCCACGACAUCAGCUUAGUUGACGUGUCAAAUGCCCCAGUCGAACUCGUGUCAAGCAUCAAAACCCCUGUCCCAACUGAAUGGCUCUCGAAUUCCGGCUGGCAGGAAAUCAGGUAUCGCACAACAAAGCUUCACCUUCUCCGGCACGUUUCCACGACACUUUCAAGGCAAGCAAGCAUCAAGAGCAUAGGACUAUUGGAAUGUCAAUGCCAGGCGGUUGGGCAAGGAAUCUUCAGAAUGAGGCAACCACCGAAGACGGCGCGCUUUUCUCUACGGCGCCCUAGUCCAGGCUCAGAUGCGACGCAAGAUUCAGAGGUCUGGACCAGUCUGGUAGCUAGGUCUCUCUUGUUUCGGAUCCAUCCAGAUUUCCGGCCGGACGGGGCCCAGAGUGGUACAGCCCUGUGCACAAUGGAGGAGCUUGAAGAUGGAACGGCAUGUGCCAAGGUGGCUGGAUUUACUUCUUUCGUUCAGGAUGUAUCCGUCGUUCAAAACUUUGACUUGGAGGGCCCAAGACUAUACAGCAGGUUGGAACAGGGGCGUGUAGCCUUUUAUGGGGCCUUCCAAGUCCCUGAAGCAUUAAGAGAGAAGCAUCACAUUAGGUGA